AUGUACAGAAAGGAUAUUUUGGAUAAAGAUCUCAGUGCAAGAAUUAAGGAUAUGGAGUUAGACGAAAAGCAGACUCCUCCGCAAUCAAAAUGUACCUGUGCAAAUAAACACAACGAGGAAAGCGUGAAUGAAUAUGACAUGAAAGAAGAAGCUACUCAAAUUCAGACAGCAUAUCCAGCUCCAAAAAAGGAACCUUGGUACAAGAAACUUAAUGGGGUACCGCUGAAUACCAGACCUGCGUCACCUUAUACCCUCAAUCCACCUAUCGAUUCUGAUGGUUUAUCAUGGCCAAGUCCAGGUGCUCGUGAGCGUUUGGAAUCCACCAAAGAAGAAUCCGAAGGAAGAGAAAAGAGAAUAGCAGAAGCUGUCAAAACAAUCCUAGCAGAGCUAGGUGAAGACCCAAAUAGAGAAGGUUUGCUUGAGACACCCGAGCGUUACGCAAGAGCUAUGUUGUUCUUCACUAAAGGUUAUGAGGAAAAUAUCAAAGAUGUCGUGAAGAGGGCAGUUUUUGAAGAAGAUCAUGAUGAAAUGGUAAUUGUGAAAGAUAUUGAAAUAUAUUCACUAUGUGAACAUCAUUUAGUCCCAUUUUUUGGUAAAUGUCACAUUGCAUACAUACCAAAUAAGAAGGUUUUGGGAUUGAGUAAGUUAGCCAGACUGGCAGAAAUGUAUGCAAGAAGGUUCCAGGUCCAAGAAAGACUAACAAAGCAAAUUGCUAUUGCAUUAAGUGAACUUCUACAACCGAGAGGUGUUGCUGUUGUUAUUGAAGCCACCCAUAUGUGCAUGGUUAGUAGAGGUGUUCAAAAAACUGGAGCUGUUACAUCGACAAGUUGUAUGUUAGGAUGUUUCAGAUCCCAACAAAAAACUAGAGAAGAGUUCUUAACUCUACUAGGUAGAAAAUAA